GGGCUUUUAGCCCAUAACUUGCGCCUACUAUCUUAACUGGGCCCAUACCGAUAACUACGAGGAAACGGACUUCGUCGGGGGAGGGGAAAGCGGAAUAAAUUCUCUGUUUCAAAAGGCGCCUGGACUAGCUGGUCUCCUUCCCCAAACUCGUACUGCGUAGCUGCCAAGCGAGUGAGCGAAGCUUUGGUACCCAGUAACAGGAAAAGCACUCACAUCCACCAACAAUGGCGGAACCGAAAGUAAAAUACGAUCGCCAACUCAGGAUAUGGGGGGAACAAGGACAGGCCGCCUUGGAGAAAUCCAGCAUAUGCCUGCUUAAUUGUGGUCCUACCGGCUCAGAGACAUUGAAGAACCUUGUUCUCGGUGGAGUUGGAUCGAUCACAGUGGUUGAUGGAUCGAAAGUGGAAGUUGGUGACCUUGGGAACAAUUUCAUGGUUGAUGAAUCGAGUGUUGGACAAUCGAAGGCGAAAACUGUGUGUGCGUUCCUUCAAGAACUAAAUGAUGCAGUCAAAGCUAAGUUCAUAGAAGAGUGUCCGGAGGCUCUGAUUGAGACAAAUCCCUCAUUCUUUUCUCAGUUCACUUUGGUAGUAGCCACACAGCUCGCUGAGGACUCAAUGAUUAAGCUGGAUAGAAUCUGUAGGGAGGCAAAUGUUAUGUUGCUAUUUGCGCGUUCUUAUGGACUUGCAGGGUUUGUUAGAAUCAGUGUGAAGGAACAUGUGGUCAUUGAGUCAAAGCCUGAUCAUUUUCUUGACGACCUUAGGUUGAAUAACCCGUGGCCUGAGCUUAAGAGUUUUGCAGAAACCAUUGAGUUGAAUGCGGCAGAUCCUGUUGCCCACAAGCACACACCUUAUGUUGUCAUUCUUGUGAAGAUGGCUGAGGAAUGGGCCAAAGCUCAUGAUGGUAAUCUUCCGUCAACAAGGGAUGAGAAAAAGGAAUUCAAGGAGCUUCUUAAAGCCAAGAUGAUGUCAAUGGACGAGGAUAACUACAAAGAAGCUGUCGAUGCCUCGUUCAAAGUGUUUGCUCCUCGAGGAAUUAAUGCAGAAUUGCAGCAGAUUAUUAAUGAUGGCUGUGCUGAAGUUGAUUCUAGUUCAUCUGACUUUUGGGUGAUGGUGGCUGCACUAAAGGACUUCAUUGUGCACGAAGGUGCGGGAGAGGCUCCUCUCGAGGGCUCAAUACCUGAUAUGACGUCUUCAACAGAGAUUUAUGUAAACUUGCAGAAGAUCUACCAAGCGAAAGCCGAGGCAGAUUUUCUUGUUAUUGAGGAGAAGGUGAGAAAUAUUCUUAAGAAAACCGGUAAAGAUCCACAUAGCAUCCCGAAGUCGGUGAUAAAAAGCUUCUGCAAAAAUGCUAGGAAACUGAAGGUUUGCCGGUAUCGAUUAGUUGAGGACGAGUUUAGCAACCCUUCUUUGUCAGAGUUGCAGAGGUACCUUAGCAGUCCGGACUACAGUUUUGCUGCGGGGUUUUACAUCUUGCUUCGAGCAGCUGAUCGCUUUGCUGCGAACUACAAAGUCAUUCCUGGUCAUUUUGAAGGGGAAAUCGACGAGGACAUUGCUAGGUUGAAGUCCACAGCAGUGGCCCUACUCAACGACUUGGGUUGCAGUGGCUCGCCCUUGAACGAUGACCUUGUUAGCGAAAUGUGGCGGUACGCAGCUUCAGAGCUCCACACUGUUGCUGCUUUUGUUGGCGGUGUUGCGUCGCAAGAAGUGAUCAAGCUAAUAACAAAGCAGUUCGUUCCCAUGUCUGGCACAUUCAUAUUCAACGGUAUUGAUCACAAAUCUCAAUUGCUGUCCUUGUGAAGAAGUCCUUCCUCCAAAGUAGAAGAUCCCAGUCACUGUUUUGGUUAGAAGUCGAAUACAGUAGCCAUGCGAAGCUUGCAGACUCUGCUGCUCCAUCAAAAAAAUCCGUUCAACUGUACGGUGCACCAAAUCAUUAGCUGGAGAUCGGUCACUUACGCAUUCCAUUUAGAAAUGAUUGAUGUAAAAUCUAUAGCCUGAGAAUGUUAGAACAUGGUAGGAUGAGAGUUGUACUAGAGGAUUUGUUUUUUCACGUUAUAUUUUCGCUUCUGCAUGUGGGGUAGUAAAGAUUGGUUCUUGCUGGAAUAUCUCGUCUGGUUCUAGAUCUGGGAAUUUCACUUGUUAUGGCAGUCCGGUUUUACUCCUGCAAUUCUUGGUUUCUAGUAAUUAGCAAGAGCAACCGUCUUAAGCGAGACCUACAUGUAGAGCGAGAACCUACUUAAAUUAAAUGUAUGGAGGAAGAGUAAAAAAAUAACGUCUCUUGAAUCUUGAUAGAUAAAGGAAUUUUUUGAUAGUGAUAAUA